ACUGCAAGUUCAAAGGUUGACUCUCGGCAAUCACACUGUGGUUCAUCCAGGCCGCGGCUGUCACAUGUCUUGUCUCUUUACGUGCCACUACCCAAUCAGCGUUCCUGCUGAGGCACUUAACUUAUCGUCUUGAAUAAAUACCCCCAGCUUUCCGGCCGUCAACAUACUCACGUGAAAGUUUCCCACCACCACCCCUCUACUCAUUUGACACCAUGCGCUGACGACCAACAAUAAGCAAGUCAGCCACUAGUUGCGCGACACACAUACACACACACUGACUUGACUACUCCUCUAGCAAAACAAAAGUAUUGCAGUCAGUGAAAGUUUGUGAGAGACAGACUCGUUGACAUAAGAAAAACUAAGUCUUUCACUCUAACGGGGGAACAAGAAUAAAAGCGUUGUCAUCAACAACACACACACACACAAAAAAAAAAAGAAAAAAAAACCCGAACGAUUUAUAUAUGUGUGUAUGUAUACACAUAUAUAUUCACAUCCGUGACUAUUUCGAAAACCAGUGACUUUAAGUAAUACACACAGAUACCAGUGGCGUUAACUGACUUAAAAAAACUUUCUGCAAUAUAUACUGAAUGGAAACAAAAGUGUGGAAGAAAUAACGCUGUGGGGGAGGAAAAAAAAUCAAAUCAGCGUGUCUUUUUCUUUUUUUUUUUGUCUAUUUAUUUAUUACAACAAUUGAAGUAAGCCAACUCGUUCGUAUUGUGUUACUACGAAAUAUGUUUAUUGCUGUUACGUUGGAAUAUUAUACACAGCCUUUUCUGGAGUAUCAUCAAUCUGACGAGGUCUUUUCGUGAACUUCUUCCAACAAGGAAUUACUAUUUUCAAAACUUUAAACAAGCUCUUAUUUACCAUUUAAUUUUUUUUUAUAUAUAUACCUUUACGUUUUUAGAACACAACACAAUCCUUUAUUUUUUUCUUUUACUCUAUAUUCACCUUCUGUCGCAUACACACACGCACACUAACUUUGACUACUUGUUCUUCCCUUGCAUGCAUCUUUUCACUCUCUUGCAUGUGACACCCACAGCUUUUCUCUCUCUCUCUUAAAUUUUUGUCAACUAAAAACGAAAAUAACAUCCGUCGUGUUGGUACUAGUAGUAGUUGUGACGACAGUUCCUGUACCAUCAGCUGUGCGGCGAACGCCGCUGCCGUUUAGUAGUUGGAAAGUAUUUAAUUCCAUUUUCUCUUAAUAUUGAAAGAAAAAACAAAAAACAAAAAAAAAACACCUGUUAACGACAAGGAUGAAGAUUAUUAUCUGAAUGUUGUUUCAUCAGCUUUCUUGAAAACAAAACCAAUUUUGAGUAGAUGUUAUUUAACAAUUUUUGUUCUUCAGUUCUUACCCACUUCUCUCUUUAAAGUUUGCUGUUUUUGCCUGUCCCCUCUUACACACUCAGACCUAUAUAUAUGAGAAAAUUCAAACUAAACACCGAUAGCAAUAUAUUAACGUAUUUCCGCUGACCAACAUUAUGAAUGUUUGUUAUAUAUUGUAUACAGGAUGCAUUUGUGGAGAGUAACUAAAAGAAGUGUCAAAUUAAUUAUAUCAACAACUGGAACAACAAAUUUACUAUCAUUGUUUGAUUAAAAAAAAUAUUGCAUUUCAUCGAUUUAACAAAUUUAUGUGUUGCCAUACUGUUUAGCUAACUGGACAGGUGGUUGUUACCGGUAUCUAGCGGUAUGAUGAUGGAAGAAUUCAUACCCCUCUGCUCCAGCUUGGCUCGGGAACAGUACACACUACAGAGGUUAAAUUCUUCAAAAGAAGAGAAUGAUGUUGGCACUCUGACUGAGCUACGCUGUGCCAGUCCGUUAAGCAGUUGGAACCGCGAUGGACUUGGUGACGACGUCUACUUGGAGUAUUUGUUUUCACAAGGUCUCGCCGAUACCAUCGACCCCGCACGUUCCCCUACAAACAUUAAAUCACGCUUGUGUUCGCCUUGUUCAUCCCCUGUUACGUCACAUUUAGUGGGACACACAGACGGUUCCCAAAGUUCUUCUUCAAGUCUUUCCGACAUUUCCUCUAAUACUUCGGAGUUAUCCAUGGACUUGUCAAGCAGCAACAGCAGCACCAGCAGCAGUUGCUAUAGUAACGGAAAUGAUUCACUGGACAACUGUGAUAGUUUUGAUGAAGUAUUUUCUUUAUCCGACAACGAACUGAUAGUUCUUGGUGUUGGCUUGCAGAGUCUAAUGCACACUGCCCUUGACGGUUGCACGCCAGAAAGGUUUCACUCGCCGCAAGAACAGCACUACUAUCAAGUUCCACAACAAUUGUAUAAACUCAACAAUAACAUCAACAAUGCCACUAUUUUGACGAGCCGUAAUAAGCGGCAAACUAAUUCACGUCUCAACUCUGCAAUACGUCACAAAAUCUUCAACUUCGAUGACACUGAUACCAAUAACUAUAAUUUGUCAGACUCGUUGACUAAAAUCCUCUCAUCGAAUAUAAACACAAACAAAGGCAGCAAAACCUCAAACACUUCUUGUAAAAAAAAUGAACAAAACGGCAUAACAAAUGCUAAUAAAAACCAAAGCAAAACUAACAAUGCAACAAAAAACCGUGGAUCAAAGGUUAAUAAUACAGGAAAUGUCUCUUCUCGUGCCUCCAACGGAGUUUCCAAUCGUACAACCGGCUGUAACAACAAAGAUGCAAAAAGCGAGGAGAAGAUAUAUCAUUGUACAUUUGAUGGUUGUGUGAAAGUAUAUAGUAAAAGUUCACAUCUAAAAGCUCAUUUGCGGCGUCACACAGGUGAGAAACCGUUUGAUUGUACAUGGCCAGGCUGUGGAUGGCGAUUUUCGCGAUCAGAUGAACUUGCUAGACAUAAACGUUCUCAUUCAGGAAUAAAACCUUACCAGUGCAAACUUUGUGAAAAACGAUUUUCACGUUCGGACCACCUUUCCAAACAUCUUAAAGUACACCGAAAAAAAGCAUCGUCAUAACAGUAUUUAAUUAUUAUAGCUAAUUAUUAUUGUCAAUUACAAUGUGAUUAUUAUUAUUAUUAUUAUUAUUAUUAUUAUUAUUAUUAUGUGGUGCCAAAUUGUUUUCUUAAAACUUUCGUCGUCUUUUCUGUGUCAACAGUAUUGUUUAAUAUCAUACUGUGUAUGAAAAGUGAAAAUAGAGUUGUCCAGAAAUUAAGAGUAAGUUUUAUGAAAAGUGGUUUUAAAUUACUUUAGUCAACUGGACAUUUGUGAAAAUAACGUUUUGAACCAAAAGGAAAAAUCAUUUACUCCCCCACCCCGCUGAAUAAGUAAGUAAACGGGGAAUGUUAGCUUGAUAUAUAAAGUAUAUGCAACAAUAUUUAUGUUCAAAACUAUACAGUAUUGUGCCAAGUAAAAACACUAAGCUAACCAGAUUUAUUGUCUCUGCCAAGUAAACAAGUUUUUCCAAAUUUUAAAUACUCUAUAUUAGAAGACGUAGUAACUUAAAAUAAUGAUUUAUUGGGUACAAAAUUAUAAGAUAUAUGUAAAGAAAAAGAUAGGAUGUUAGGAGUGUUAGUGAUUAACGGGAAAAGAGGAGUUUCAAUUGUAAAUUGCAUGACCAGAAUGAAUGUUUGGUCCACAAUUUUUUUUUUAAAUAAUGACACAGCUCACUACAAUCAUGUAAUAUUAAGUUUAAAAUCCACCAUAAAUGUUUCAACCACUGCAGAGUUGUGAUUCUAUUUGCUAAUCUAAAAAUUUACCACUGUAUGCCAGUUUUGCUGUGGCCCUGUGAAAGGAAACAGUUUAGGGGUUUUUUUUUAAGUUUUAGACUUUCCUUAAGUAUAUCAAGCUUUUUAUUUUUUAAAAUUCAAUUUCAUGAUUUAAGUUCUUUAGCCCUCCUUUUUUUACGAAGCCCUCUGAUCAUGAAAGCCAAUAUCAGCACUUAAUUCUUUUUCCUUUCCCAUAAAUAUACCAGUUUACAUGCACAUGUUAUAAAUUGAUAUACUUUCACAUUAGCUAUAUUUCCUCUUUAUCAAUAUAUUACUCAUUAGAGCUACAGUUAAACAAAACACAACACCCUUUAUGCAAACAUCAUAGCAGUAUCACUCAUUGCUUAACCAAUUUACUUUAAAAAAAUAAUCUUAAAUACAUAAAACAUAAUACUCUUUCCUUCUCAUUCAAAUGUUAAGGUCAUUUACAAGCUUCUAAAACUAUUUAUGAUUGAUUUUUAACAAUAGUCACAAUGCUCCAUUUAUGGUGGAAGGAUUGAUGUUGUAUGCCGUUAACUUCUUGUGGACAUUAGCGAAAAACAUCUUCCACAGGAGUACGAGCAAUCUAAAGGAAGUGAACUGACUACAACUCGUCAGGAAAGAAAAUCGGGUCGCGAAGUUAGCACAUCGGAAGUUUAUUUCUGUCACUUGACAACUUCCGGUUUGAAUUAUUUUAUAUAUACAUAAAGUAGUGCCUUCUCUCAAUCGCUUCUCAAAACUUUCUUCUUUUGCUGAAUAUCAAUGCAUUUAACAUGCUGUGUUUUUAUGACACAUGUACAAUGUUUCAGAUUGUAUUAAGUUUGAUAAUUUUGUUUCUAAACAACGGAAAAUGCCUGAACUCUGGAGUCUUCUACUCCAAAUAAUAGAAAAUUAACAUAACUUGCUGGUAAUUUACGUCUGCGGCGCUCACGUUCUAUUUUGUGAUCGCCUCUUGCUUUUAGCAUGAGCACAGCCACUUGCCAGUGACAAAACCUUUCAUGCUAAAUGAAAGCUUAAUUGGCGUUGGUUAAGUGUAGGACUUAACCUUUCAACCAAAAUUGGUGCUGAGAAAUUUCGCCGCACAGUCUAAUGUAUAUUUGGUUUUAUAAUUUCUUAUUAGUUGCCUGGUAUUACAAUUAUAUUUGUUCUUUAUUAUUUCUGUACCACGUUCCAUCACAACCACCUCUUUCUUGUGGAAGAAAAAAGAAAGUUCCAUCUAUCAAAAGUAUGUAGGCUGUGUGUGAGAAAAAAGUAAGAUCAAUAGGGUAUCGGAUAACACAACAUUUCUAGGUGCAUGAUCUUUUCUCAAUACUGCUCUUCUAGGCGCAUAUAUCACAGAAGCAGAAUUGCCUGCUAUUGCAACCGGCGACAGCACGGCAAAUUUUAAGAUCGAAUUGCUUAGUUUGCUGGGUUAAAAUCUCUAAUGGGUAUGAAAGUGAAAGGGGUUUAGGCUUGCUUCGAUUUAUAUAAUCCAAGUGAAACGAAAGUGAUGCUAGCCAUUGUCUACAACCUUCAGACAUAGAGGAAACGUUUUAGCAUUCUACUUACAAGUUCUAUGUUUCUUUUCUACAUGCAUUCUGGUUUGUUCCUUUUUACUACUACAGUGUAUUCGUUGACGUCACUUUUCAAGGGAAGGAUAUAUGAAAAUGACGUAGCCAUAAUGUAGGCCAUUCAUAUUUUCCUUGCAUAUAACGACCUUAUACAGCUGGGGCGGUAUGUUGUUACAUAUUAACGAAUGUAAAAUGUGUUUAAUCUCAAACAUUUCGACAUACUGCAUUUGUACGUUUAUUCUCGGCAAAUCUUUACCAACAAUCUUAUACGUUCUCACAUAUCUGAGCAACUGGGUUUGUUACAUACUUAGUGGAUCCCUCAUAGAUUUCAGUGAAUAAGUGUUCCAGUUGUUAACAGAACUACUAAUUUAUUGAAUCGCUGUAGCUGAAUAUUCCACAUACAUUUGCAACUUUGACAUAAAUCUCGGGUAGAAUCAGUGUUGCACAAUUUGUCCCAAAGACUCGAUCUUCGAAUUAAAGGAUUAAUCCACCCGAAAAGCUUUCUUACAGUUUCCGUCUGUCAAUCUUGCUCAGGAUUCUUGAGUGGCCUGAACCUAUAGCAGAUGACACUUGUCAACCGGAACCUAGUGGUUGACAAGCAAACUUAACCACUCAGCAAUGCCGUGCACCACUUUCUCUUUUCUCUCUCUCUCACUCGAAUUCCGUUGAAGAUGUUAUAAAGUAUUAUACUUAAUCAAAAGUAUUCAGUGUGAGAAGAUCUAGUUCAGUUUACAAUUGCUCACAAUGUUUUAUUUUGAAGCAUAUAAUCAAAAUAAUGUUCUUUUACAAAGGAUGUAUAUAUUUGAAUGAAAACCAGCAUAUUAUUGGUUCUAAUUGUUGUUGAACCUGGAUCUGUCAUAUAAUGGACUAGAUGUAAUGAAAUACAGAGUACAGUAUUCUUUUGUCUCAGUAAUCUUUAGAACACACACCCACACCUCAUUUCUUUUAUGGAAUACAUACAUUCUAGCAAAUGUGUUUCAUUUCUAUCUCAGAAAGACUCAGUAAGUGGUCUGAUUAUUGUUUGUUUGUAAAAUUUAGAUUGUUGAAAUUUGUUUCUCUGACACUACUCAAUAAUUCGUAGAUAACUAGUUUUCUUUGGUAUAUAUGAGUUUUCGGUACUGCUGAAUAUUCACUUGUCAUCAAGGACAGCCAGUUGAAGAUGUGGACAGAUAUUACCGCACAAUACUACAAUAGUAAAAUGAAAGGGUUAUCUAUCUAUAGUUCAUAAUUAAUGCGAGUCGGUGAAACAUUUAUGAAAGAAAAAUGGCUGUGAAAUCUAAUUAAAUGACUGAAAUGCUAUUUGAGAACUGAAUUUUACCAAUUCAGACUAGUGCAUAUAAACUAGUAGAAUACAUUAGAUGAAGUGUUUAUUGCCUUAAAAUUAUCUACAUUACCUUCUACAGGUCUCUGAUCUCGAGUAUUCCUCGAGAGAAAAAGUUCAAGUGCCUUAAACCAUUUACACGUAGGUCCAUCUAGGAGAAAUGGUUAAUUGAAGUGAAAAUAGUUUUUAAGGAGGAACAGAAUCCAGUCUUGUAAAAUUGUCGGAUCAAGGUCAUUGAUGUUGCUUUCAGUGCUGAAAUCAGUGACAUUUUAGUUUAACAUCACAUAUUUUAUUCCAUUUGUUUAAUAAGUGAAUAGAACUACAUCCUCGAGUGUACUUUAUAAGCAUAUAGUUUAAUUAUAAAUGAAAAGAAUUUGAGGUAUUUCCGUCUUUACUGGCUUUAUUCUAUUUAGUAUCUUUCUACUAUUAUAAUAUUAAAAUGUAUUUUUAUCAAAAGUGUGUUAUUAACCGUAGGUAAUUCUGACGGGAAUUUAAUGCCCCAGUGUGUGUGUGUGUGUCUGUCUGUCUAUGUGUAUAUAACUAUUUUAAUGUAGAGAGCAUUAAAAAGAAGAAAAAAAAAACACGAUAAUUAUUUCCACACAUACAAGCAACCCAAACAGAUGUAAGAGAGUGAAAGAGUCAGGCAACGGGAGCAAGUGUUUUUUCUUCUGAGGAACAGUUAAUUCCUUUAGAUUUAAAACUAUCAUUGGGGCUUUCAGUUUCCCACAUUCCAAACAACUUUAAAAUAACAGUUGAUAUGAAUUAACGUUGAUAUCUAACAUUAGUACAUGGUCAAACGAAUCUACAGUGCGAAUAGAAUCGAUUAAAUCUACUCAAGAACUUCACUGGUACUUAUUUUAUUUGCCUCGGAAGACAAGUCUACGAGGUAUUAUAAGGAAUUUUGUUCAUUGCUUUAUCGAUUCAACGACUCAAGCUACACAAAUUAAAGAAUUUGUUUCUCAUAAGUUAUAAAUAAAUAAAAAUGGGUAGAUUUAACUGGAAAUGAAAAAAAAAUAUUGUGAGUAACAUGUCAUAAUAUCCCUUACAUGCUGGACAUCUUGCUGAAUAGAAUAUUUUCAAAUUGCACUGAUGUUAAUGAGAUCAUUAGUAUCAGUUACACUGAUAUUAAUCUAAUCGUACAGAAUUGAAAAUAAGGGUAAAAAUUGAAUUAGUUUAGUGUUUAAACGAAGCAAUUUUGAAUUUUUUUUACAUAAAUGUUAUAUCUUAAAAUUGUUUACAUCAAUGCUUUUUAAGCAUUUUAAAUUAUUUGUUUUACAUGACGAGCAAUAAAUUAUUAAAACUGGUACAUCGAUAGGUAAGAUGAUUAGAAAAGGGGAUAGCUCGAAACAAAUCAACAAAAUUUGAAAUCGUAACUCUUCUGCAAGAUAUAUGAUGGUGGGGAGGUGAAAAUGGUCUCUCUAGAAACAUUCUUCACAUUCAUAACAAAAGAAUAAUCCAUUUUUGUAACACUGAAAGUACACUGGGAGCAAAUGUUACAUACACACACAAAUGUGGACAUGCAAAGAUUGAACUAAUUUCGAGAGUAGAAAACGCUUUCAUUUAAAAAAAAAAAAUCUUUCCGAGGGAAUAUAUAUAGAACCAAAAAUAACUUCUAAAACAUUGAAUAUUUCUAACUACAUUUGGAAGGUAUUUUGAAAGUCUGAUAAAAGAUAAUAUCGAUUAUAAAAUUUUGUGUUCAGUGUAUGUAUGGAUAAUAUCUAGUACUGUUUAGAUAUUCAAACGUUUAUCACAGUCCAUUAGCUGGAAAGCGUUAAAUGAUGAUUCUUGCUACAUUAGAACUUAUUGCAGCUACCAAAAUGUUCAUUCUUGUCUGAUUUUUUUUUUCCUAUCCAAAGAAUUCGAAAAUUUUUCCUAAUUCAUGCCAAAGAUGUAAAUAAUAAUAAUAAUUCUAAUAAUGAUAAUACACUUCUAUAGCUACUUCCAAAGUCAAGGCUAAAUUGCUUUGCAAAUAAUCUGUUGUAGAACCAAACUGGAACAGAGCCACAGGCCUAUACUGAUCUAAAGAAUCAUACCAUGACUAUAUAUGUUAGCAAUUGCUAGAUUGGCACACUUGACGUGGUAAUAAAUUUGAUAUAUUUUUUUAUUGAUGAAAUUGUUAAAAGCAAAUAA